AUGGCGGCCAUUCUGAUGUUGUCCGUAGUCAUGCUGGAGACCAAGCUUACAAUUGCUGCGAAGGUGCCGCUUAUGUUAUUUCCGAGCACAACGGCUCCUGUGUAUUGCGGAGACAUGGAUUGGGCUGCUUUAGAUGGCUUUCAUGACGCGAAUGAAGCGUGUGAGUUCUUUUAUAAUAAACUGUACAAUGCUUUUGAUACCUGUGUUCCAAAAUAUGUCCGAGCAACGAAACGUAAAUACCCACCCUGGUUCAAUUCAGCAAUAAUUAAGCUUAUCAAACGCAAGGAGAAGAUUCACCGAUCUUACAGACGCAACAAUGAUCCUAAAACGUAUCAGACAUUCAGGGAACUUAGAUCAAAAAUUAAGAUAGAUUCAGAUGAAGCAUACAAAAUAUAUGUCAGACAAGCUGAGAACGGAAUACAAAGAGAUUCGAAUAAAUUUUGGGGCUUCUUAAAUUCUAAGCGAAAAUCAACAAACUUAUCAAACCGGUCACUUAUCAACUUCAAAAAAAGAUUGAAGUACUUGCUGAACAAUUAG